AUGGAGGUCUUAUUUCAAGCGGUCGUUACGGGCAUCGCUCUUACAGUGCUCGGAUACACCGUCUCAGUCCUACGGCUAGCCUUCCACCCUGACCUCAGAAAGAUCCCAGGACCUUUCGUAUCACGUUUCACAACCUGGCCGUUGAAAAUCGAGGUGCUCAGGGGUCACCGAACAAAGUACAUCCACGAGCUUCACAGGCAGUACGGACCGUACGUCCGCAUUGCUCCCAGCGAGAUCUCCACGUCGUCUAUCGAAGCGCACAGACAGAUCCACAGAAUCAGCACCGAGUUCAUCAAAGCGCCCUGGUACCAAGGACAGACGCCGACGCAGAUUGACGACAAUACUUGUGGGGUGUUUGGCCUCAGAAACCAGAAGGUGGCUUCCGCGAGGCGAAGAUUGUUUCAGCAAGCUGGUACUAAGGCUGCGGUCGUACAAUGGGAACCUGUUGUCGUUGGACUCGUCAAGGCAGUGAUUGGGAAGAUCAAGCGUGACGCAUCUCAAGGCACGGCCGACGUUGCAAAGUGGUUCUCCCUCCUGACGUCCGACGUCCUCUCAUCCCUCGCUUUCGGGGAGCCUUUCCGCAUGGUCGAGAACGAAACCAAGUCUCAACUCAUCCACGACAUCGAGAGCGGAAUGAUCUUCAUCGGUGUCCGUCAAGAGUUGCCCUGGCUCUGGUACCUGAUCAUGUACUUGCCCAUCCCCAGCAUCGGAAGACCGAACGACAUCUUCAAACGCUUCGAUGUGUACGGCGAGACUGCCGUGAAGAAUACAAAAGCCGCGAAACCAGGAAGCGCAAAGACUCUUUUCUCGAAAAUGGUCCCUGAAGACGGGACCCAGAAAAUCCCCGAUUCCAUCGUCCGUCACGAAACCGCCAAUAUCAUCAUUGCUGGAUCAGAUACCACAGCUAUAGCGUUGACGUAUCUUGUAUACUCGGUCCUGAAGCACCCUAAUAUUCAUCAGAAGCUCGCCGCCGAGCUCGAGACAUGCUCAGAAGAUCCUUCCUGGGAAGAGUUGGAGUCUAAGCCUUACAUUAACAAUGUCAUCACUGAGACACUACGCCUGCAUGCCCCUGUACCGUCUAGCCUUCCUCGAGUUGCUUCCGAGGGAACGUUCCUCGGAGGGCAAUAUGCCAUACCAGGGUUUGCUGUUGUGGAUACCCAGGCGUAUACGUUCCAUCGGGAUCCUCGAGUAUUCCCCAACCCUGAACAGUUUGAUCCCGACCGCUGGUCACACGCUACGCCAGAGAUGAAAGAGCACUUCCAAGCCUUUGGUGGUACUAUCAGAACCUGCCUAGGCCAAAACGUCGCCCGCAUGGAACUCCUCCACGCCACCGCCCUCUUCUUCCGCGAACUCCCCAACGCCCGCCUCGCAGACUCCACCACAGCCGAAAGCAUGGACAUCAUCGACUUCUUUGUCAUCAAGCCCAAAGGCGGGAAAUGCGAAAUCACCACCAAAGACGUCUAG